AUGUCCGGCAAACAGGCUCUCCUCAGCAAGAACCCCGACGAUGUCGUGAUUCUCUCGGCAAAGCGCACACCCAUGGGCAAGGCCUUCAAGGGCGGUCUGAAGGACGCUCGUGUCGAAGACCUUCUCGCGGCAGCUCUCAAGGGCGCAAUCGACGCUGCGCACCUCGACCCGGCGCUCGUCGAGGACGUGCAGGUGGGCACCGUGCGCACCCCGCGCGGCGGUGCGUCCAUCUCGCGCAUGGCAGCGUUCGCGGCCGGCAUCCCCAUCAAGGCGUCGCUGUCGACGGUCAACCGCCAGUGCUCGUCGUCGCUCCAGGCCAUCUGGACCAUUUCCAACGAGAUUCUCGCGGGCGACAUUGACAUUGGUAUCGCUGCCGGUGUCGAGAGCAUGACCCACCACUAUAACAACAAGCCCCUCGACCACCCUGUUUCUGAAUAUGUUCAGCAGAACCCCCUGGCCAAGGACUGCCUCAUCCCUAUGGGUAUUACAAACGAGAACAUUGUCGAGGACUACGGCGUUACUCGCGCAAAGCAGGACGCCUUUGCUGCCGGCUCGUACCAAAAGGCCGAAGCCGCCCAGAAGGCCGGCCGCUUCGAGAGCGAGAUCGCCCCCGUCAAGCUCGGCGACAACCCUGCCAUCGCACAGGACGACUGCCUGCGGUACGGCGUGACCGCCGAGUCGCUCGCGGGCGUCAAGGCGGCCUUCAAGGCCGGCGGCACCACACAUGCCGGCAACUCGUCGCAGCUCACUGACGGCGCGGCCGCCGUCGUCCUCGCGCGCCGCAGCGUCGCCCAGCGCCUCGGCCUGCCCAUUAUCGGCAAGGUCGGCAAGGUGGUGUCCACGGGUGUCCCCCCGCGCAUCAUGGGCGUCGGACCCGCCUACGCCAUCCCCAAGGUCCUCGAGCGCGCCGGCCUCCAGGUCGGCGACAUUGACAUCUUUGAGAUCAACGAGGCGUUUGCCGGACAGGCAGUGUACUGUGCCGAGGCGCUCAAGAUUGACCCGGCAAAACUCAACCCGAACGGCGGCGCCAUUGCGCUUGGUCACCCGCUCGGUGCUACCGGUGCGCGCCAGGUCGCGACCGGCAUGGCCGAGGCCAAGCGCACAAAGGCAAAGUUCCUCGUCACCUCGAUGUGUGCGGGUACUGGGUACGGCGUUGCUGGUCUGUUUGUGAACGAGGCCGGCGAUGCCAGGCUGUAA